AUGUCCGCUCUCUGGACCCAAGUCAGCGGUUCAUCGGCCGCAGAGACGGUACCGUUGACGCCGCGCGAGGCAGCAUCGGGUCUGCUGGGCUCGAUUUCUCUCACCUGUUGGAUCUUUCUACUGGUGCCCCAACUCAUAGAGAACUACCGCAACGGUAACGCCGAAGCCAUCUCCUUUCUGUUCCUGUUCGUUUGGUUCGUCGGCGACGUGGCCAACCUGAUCGGAGGCGUCUGGGCCGGGCUGGUCCCCGUCAUCAUCGCCAUCGCCGUGUACUUCUGCAUCGCGGACGGGGUGCUCAUCACGCAAUGUCUGUACUACAAGGCGCGGAACGCCAACCCCUACGCCCUCAACCGUCGCCGAUCCUCCGUCGAGACCCCGGACCCGACGACCCCCUUGCUAGGCCGGCGCUUCAGCGACAACCUGCCGGAUAAUGCGACGGGACGUCGUCGCUCAUGGACGGCGCAGCAACAGCAGCAGCAGGCCAACGGCGCCGACGGGACACUGGCUAAGAUCGUCGAGGAGAACGACACCGGUCGCAACGCUUGGUUCAAGAAUUUCAGCAGCGUGUUGGCUAUCUGCGUGAUCGGGAUGGCUGGGUGGACGGUCGCGUGGCAGUCGGGGGUCUGGAAACCUGCUCCUCAGGAGAACCACGGCGGGGUCGAUAUGGCAGCCGGAGCGCAGCUGGUGGGCUAUUUCAGCGCGAUCUGCUAUCUCGGUGCGCGUCUCCCACAGAUCUACAAGAACUACUGUGACAAAUCAUGCGAGGGCUUGUCUCUCUUGUUCUUUAUUCUAUCUCUCAUGGGAAACCUGACUUACGGUGCCGGGAUUCUGUGCCACUCUACCGAGAGAAACUACGUCAUCACCAAUGUCCCCUGGCUGAUUGGGUCUCUGGGAACGAUGGUAGAAGACAUCGCGAUUUUCAUACAAUUUCGGCUCUACGCCGCGGCCGACUCGACCGCUGCGGUGGUAUAA